AUGGCAUCAAAGUCGAAGAAAGUAUUUGAGAUUGAGGAUCAAACCUUCGGAAAAUUGAUUACGGUUCUUUCGAUAGAUGGUGGCGGAGUUAGAGGACUAAUUCCAGCUGUUAUUCUUGCUUUUCUUGAAUCCGAGCUUCAGAAAUUGGAUGGUGAAGACGCGAGGAUUGCAGAUUAUUUCGAUAUAAUUGCCGGUACAGAAACAGGAAGCUUAACUACUGCAAUGCUUACUGCCCCAAAACGAAAUAAUAAUCGUCCGUUAUUUGCUGCAAAAGAUAUCAAAGAAUUCUACAUUGAGCACUUUCCCUAUAUUUACUCCAAGAGGAAUAAUUUUUUGACUCGUGCUGCAAGGAUGGUUAAAUGUUUUUUGGGGCAAAAAUACGACGGAAAAUAUCUUCACUCUCUUCUCAAGGAAAAAUUUGGUGACACAAAGUUGCAUGAGACCUUAACAGAUGUUAUAAUUCCGAGUUUUGAUACAGUGAGACGUAAACUAGUCUUAUUCUCCAACCAUCUGCAGGAGCGGAAUGAUGAUCCGAGUUUGGACACUUCAGUCGUAGACGCAUGCAUGGGAAGUUUAGCUACUCCGACUUAUCUGCCUCCACAUCACUUUCAAACAAAAGAUUCUAAUGGAGAACCCCUUCAAUUGAACCUCAUUGGCGGUGUUUUUGCUAACGAUCCGAUGUCGGUGGCAAUGGUGGAUGUAGCAUCGAAGGAUCCAAAACAAAAUUUACUUUUGUCCUCGAUGAGAUCGGAAGAGGAUUGUGAAAGGCUUGUUGUUUUGUCCCUCGGAACUUGUACGCCCAAAUACGACUCGAAAAAAGCAAAGGUGUGGGAUCUUGAAAAGCGUUCCGUGUUGAAUACAGUUCGCCGGUAUUUGGCGAAAUUGACUGAUUAUGACUGGCUUUCUUACUAUCAAGACUACUGGCCUGAAAUUGGCCUGCAAAACAACUACCUUAGAAUUCAGGAUGAUUCUUUAAGUGGAGUAACGUCUUCUUUGGAUGUUGCGACGAAGAAGAAUUUGGAAGAUGUUGUGAAAAUCGGAGAAAGUCUGUUAAAAAAACCAGUUUCUAGCAUUGACCUUGGUAGAACUUAUUUGCCGUCGUCUGGUGCUGGAGCAAACAAGGAGGCGUUGAUUAGGCUGGCAGCAGUACUAUCCAAGGAGAAACGACAUCGAAAUUCUGCUACUAAUAAAAAAAGUAGGUACAGCAUAUUGUGA